AGGAGGGCACGGACCCUGAGUGGGGGGGGGGGGGCGAUACCGGGAAGGAGGAGAGAGAGGAGGGGCCGGGAGCAUCAGGCGGAGUCGAGGGCGGGGACACCGGGGUGAGUCACCAGCCCGCCAGGAUCCGGCUCGCCUCAACUUCGGAUCCGGCCCUAGGUGCUGCUCUACACCUUCGUGGACUUCGGCACCGGAGACUCGACAGCGACGCCAUCGAGCCGGGUAAUGCGCGCCCUACCGGCUCUGAACGCGCCCCGGGACCCUACGCGGCCGAGCGCGGUGGAGCGGCUGGCUGCCGACCGCGCCCGGUUCUCUCGCGGCCCGGGGGGCGGUGGGGACCCCACUUCCAAGAACUGCAGUUUAGGGGACAAUAGGAACCCUGUUUCGGAGCCCCGCAGCCUGGACGCACCCGGCGGGGUGCAGCAACCCAGCGCACUCCAGGUCCCCACUCCGGUGUCUCGCAGAGUUAUUCCGCGCCGGCCGCUGAGGCCCGACUCUCUGGUCAUCUACAGACAGAAGUGCGACUUCGUACGUAGCCCAGGCUCCGAGGGCUCCAGGGGCAGCCUGGUGAAGAAGCUCUUCCCUGGACCGGGCAGGGACAGAACCUCCGAGCCCCCCGCGACGCCGCGGCUGGUGCGGGCGGAGCGGACCAAGCCCGACUCCGUGACCCCCGAGGUCCCUAGGCGCUCUGGGACCACCUCGAACCCCGCGAUCCCCGGGAACUCCAGGACCUCAGGGGUCCCUGCAGCCUCGGCCCAGCCUAUGCCCCUCGGGAGCCCAGCGGUCCCUGUGAUCCUAGGGAGCAUUGCGACCCCGGAGAACCGAGCCCGGACCUCAUCGCCCCGGGUGGCGCGUCGCCCGGGACUGCAGCGCUCACACUCGGACCUCAGCAGACGCAGCUGCGACCCCGGAGCCGAGCGCGACGCCUUCUUCCAGUUCUGCGGCCUGGACCCCGAAGUGGUGGAGGCUCUGGGCAGGGACAACUUCUCCGCGGGCUCGGACUGCGCCGUCCUCAAGGUGCGCAGUGUGAGCGUGGCUACCUCGGAAGGCGGCUUCUCGCAUCACAGCGGAGGGGAAGACGACGGACUGCAGGAGGAGGCGCUCACAGAGCAAGUUCCCAGCACCACCUCGAUUGUCGAGAGGAACGCGCGCAUCAUUAAGUGGCUGUACACCUGCAAGAAGGCCAAGGGGAUCCCGGGCCAGGGGCAGCAGGGACCCUCGUGACUGUCCACGCAGAGAACCAGGAAUCAAGAAAGCAAAUGUCCCCAACCAUCAGGGUACCCUGAAUCCCUGGGAGACGGGAUUUCAAGGCCUUUUGUGCAAUGAACCUCAGCGACACAGGACUGCUGCCUUCCCAGUAAUGAAGCAUCCUAUGGACAGAAUUUGUACAAUCUGAGAAAGUCUACAGUGCUAUGGAGAUCGGUGGGAAGGCCGACCUCGGAACCUGCCUCAGCUAGGACCGGCUGCGGAAGUGCAGAGAGGUGUUCUUGGUGCCAAUGUCCUCUUCACACAGGGCAGCUGUGAGCUACUGAGAAAUAUUUUCUGGGGCAUCUUUUUGACUGACUUGCUGACCAAAAGAUACUGUGACACUUUCUGACGAUCCUCGAAUUGAUUUUAAAAAAGGGAAAGACAUGAAAAUCAAGCCCAAGUGCCAAGAUAUUUGCUCCUUCUGACUGACCUGCACCACGUAGCUCAAGGUUCUGUAAUCACAAGAAGGUAUUCUAGUUAAAAACUAUCUAAUGAAGACUGUACACACAAUAUACACAGCAAACAAUUUCCAGGGCAUCUUUGCUCUGUGAGCCACAGUUAUUUGCCAAACAGUGCAAACCAUUAGCUUAUUUAACAAAUCAGAACAUUUAAAACCAAUUGAGGGAUAUGAGUUGUUUUGUGAAAUUUUUCCUGUGUGGCAGGUGGUACGUGGAAAAACCCAUUAACACAUGAGUGAGAACUGAUCUGCUAAAUGGAACCCUUCAUCACACUUGGGCAGUUUCUUGAGAGGUGAAGUGGAACCCUGGGGUCCUUUGUUCAGGUCCUUCGCAGCCCCCCACCCCACCCCCCAGACCCAGUUAGAAUAGGUUCCUCAGGGCAGUCUCACAGCUUCCGGAGAGGACUGAAAGCUGGCUCAACAGGGGCGGUGCCUGAGGCAGGAGAACUUCCUCCACUCGGAGUUGGGUCCCUCCCACACCCCAGGGACUCAAUGAUUUACCUCUUUCCUGCCAAGGGUGUGUUUUGCCGUAAUGAGCCUCUGACUUUGUUCAGGCCCAGGGUGAAGGGAUUUCAGAUUCAGAACCUUUGGACGGAAUAUGCAUCCAAGAUAAUGUAGAAAAUCUGUCAUUGUGCCAAGUCUUUCAAUGCUUAUGGCUGUUUAAUCAAAAUAAUCUCUUCUAGCACACAAUUAUUUGAGAGAAGAACAUGGGAAGAAAUGAGUUUCUCAGUAAUAGCAUAUUCUAUAGACUUCCAUUUAAUAUGUUCAUGUUUUGUUUAAAAGUAUGCUCUGUGUAACAUUUACAGUGAGGAUAGGAGAGGUCUUUGAGGUAAAUAUUUUACAGCUGCUAGUCUCCACAUAGUUUUCUUUUGCUUCAUGUGGCUCUGGCUUAUCAGUUGUUUUAAAUCUUUUCUCCUUUGUUGUCUUUCUGUGUAUAUUGUUUACUUAAACUUUUAUCCUCUGACUGAAAGUGGAGUGCUUGCCUCUCUACCACUGAUCUGUGAUUUGCUUCCCACUGAAUCCAGAAGAGUGUGGGGCUAAGUGGCUGUCUGGCGUGUGAACCACAGGGGGUCUGACUAAGGCAGUUUCUCCUACAGAUGCUUUUCCAGUGUGGCUGUUUUGCUGUUCACUUUAUCACAGUUCCAAAGAUGACAGGAAUUUCCAAAGGAUUAUAUAUCCAAUUCUUGCCUUCAUUUUUUUCCCAUAAUUUUAUUGAGAAAUAAA